GCAGUACGCCAUUUCGGUCGUAUUCGUGCCGUUUUUAGAGGUCCUUAGUCUGGAAGGAGCGGUAAAUAUCUGCGAGCUAUACAGUCGAUAAAUUCUCGUAAAUGUGUCAUAGGAGUACAUUUAAUGCGCGGUGCUUAUGUUAAAGCGGCACGCUGGCGGGCGGUGAACCUGACGUACUGAACUGAAGUAAAAGUAUAACAGUAAAGUACACAGCAGUAAAGUACAGUAACUAACAGUGCAGCGUGUUUCACAGUUACAGUGUAAACCACGAUGUUUGGCUUUGUUUUGUAAAGGUUUUCACCCAUUGACACAAUGGUGCAGAGUACAACGUGGUUUGUCACCACCAUGUACACUUGACAACUUGAGUGUUGCCGCAUUAAAUAACUGGCGCCAGUUGCUGCUGCUGCUGCUGCUGCUGCUCGUUGCAGGUCACAGGUGUUCAUGACAUAAGUUCAGUGCAGGUCAGGUGUGUGAAGGAGGAGAGUUGAACCCCAGCUCACAGGCGGAUGGCAGGGCAGGAGGCAUUCCUGCCUCCGCCGGGGUGUUUUUCAAGAAGGGAACAAUGGCACCAGACCCGUGGCAGAAAUGCAAAUGGGCUAAGCAGCAGGUGGCGCGGCGGCUCGACUCGAGGCGCUGCCUUCGGAGCAGCGUUGGAGAGUCACGGUGUGCGUUCUGGUGCAAAUCUGUACAAAUCCGGGGUCUGCUGCAGGCAGCAGGGCGCUGAAAGAGCCGCCCAGCUUUAUGGAGACAAAGGUUGUGCUGGAUAAGAGCCUUUCUUUGCUCUUCCAGCUCAGUCUGCCCGACAGCCUCCAGGGACACCGAGAUUGCUGAUUACUUGGGGAAAGACUCUGAAAACUACCAUGUCCAAGACUGCAAGGGUGCUGGUGGUUGGAGCAGGACUAGCGGGUUUGGCUGCGGCUGCCGCUCUCUAUGAGGCUGGCUUCCAGCACGUCCAGAUUCUGGAGGCCACGGAGAAACCCGGGGGCCGCAUCGAUACCACGCGGCCCUUCGGCCCCGAAAUAAUCGAAUUGGGGGCCAACUGGAUUCACGGACAAGAGGGCAACCCACUGUACAGCCUGGCCAAGGAACAUGGCCUCCUUCAUCAAGACCCCUUGGCCUCCAUCAUGUGCCUACCCACGUCGGUCACCCCUGAAGACUACUUCUUCCGGGAAGAUGGGCGGCAAAUGGACCCCCAUGAGGUGGAGCAGAUUUGCGCGCUCUUUGGCCGCCUCACCGCCAGGGCCUUCAGCUCUGAGUUGGAGGACAGGUUCCUAAUGAAGAGCCUGGGCUGCUACCUGGAUGAGGCAUUUGCCGAGGAGACGCCUGCGCACAGCACCCCGGAGGCGCGGCAGAUCUUCGAGUGGUGCAAGAGGAGUGAGUGCACAGAUGAGGCAAGUUCCUCCCUUUACGAGGUGUCUGUCUCCCAGAUUGGUCACUACGUGGCCCUCAAGGGGGGCUUCUUCAAUACGCUGGGCCCCGGCGGCUACCAGGCUGUGCUGGAUGUGCUCAUGCGGAGCUUCCCGGCGGGGGCUCUCAUGUGCAGCACAGUGGUGCAACAGAUCCGGUGGAUGCCUGACGGAGAUGCCCACCGUGGGGAGGCAGGUCCUCCUGUCAAGGUGAUCUGCGAAGACGGCCAGGAGUACGACGUGGACCAUGUGAUUUUGACGGCCUCGCUGGGCUUCCUCAAGGAGAGGGCCCAUUCCCUGUUCAAGCCACUCCUGCCUGCGGUAAAGUCCAGAGCCAUUGAGAGCCUUGGCUUUGGCACCGUGGACAAGAUCUUCUUGCAGUUUGACCGGAGGUUCUGGCCAGAGGACUGCGCUGGCAUCCAGCUUGUGUGGGAUCAGGGUCCAGAGGAUGCCGCCGUGCACGCCUUGCUGUCCCAUGGCGAUGCCUGGAGGGACACCUGGUACAAGAAGAUCUGUGGUUUCGAUGUGGUCGCUCGCCACCCGACUGUGCUGUGCGGCUGGAUCACGGGCAGGGAGGCGGAGCACAUGGAGUCGCUGGACGAGGAGGAAGUGGGGGACGUCUGUGUGAGGUUGCUCCGGACUUUCACAUCCUGGCCAGUGAAUAAGCCCAUGCAGGUUCUGGUUUCCAGGUGGCGCCAUCACCCAUAUGCACGUGGGUCCUACACAUAUGUGCCCUGUGGGGUGGACGCCGCGCGGGAGCACCGUGCCCUGGCCGAACCGCUGCCCUCUGACCCCAUGUCUUCAGGGGUAAAGCCUCUGCAGGUCCUGUUUGCGGGGGAGGCUACCCACGUGAACUUCUAUACCACCACCCACGGCGCCUACAUGACUGGUGUCAGAGAGGCCCAACGGCUCAUUUGCUACUACACUGACCAGCAGGUGGCUGCCUAGGUGGGGCUUGGCCACUGGGGGAGCGAAAUGCCACUCUGCAAUGGCAGGUGUUCGUCAAAAUAAAGUCCAGCUGCACAUUUGA